AUUUUGUUAUUUUAUGCCUCAUUUUAAUAACAGUUACUCAAAGCAGCCUUUUUAGUAUUCUUAAAAAAUGUGGAAAAAGAAGAACUUUGACGGUACAAAACCGCUGCCGCCAGUUAAGUGGCAUAAGAGGAGCCCUAUUCAAGCUGUUCAUACAUGGAUUUAAUUGUUGAAGAUCGAGUUCAAAACACUUGGCUGUGAUGAGUUUAAAAUUAUAAAUAUAUCAGAAUCCAAUGGGAAGCAAUUCAGUCACCUGUAUUCAUUAUUAGCAACAUGUACGUGAAGCUCUUUUUAUUAUUCGUUUUAUUGGGUGGAUUUUUUCACCUGAAUAAAGCCCAAACAACAGACUGCUCGAAUACGUGUAUCUCACGUGUAAGAUGCAAUCCUUACUAUAAGGAUCUAGUCUGGGCAGUAGUAGAUCGCGUUUGUCGAGUUUUCCAGAACGGCUGUAUUUUUGGUAAUAAGAACUGCAUGAGGGCCAACCAAUGCUUGCCACCAAUGGUGGCCAUUACAAAGGAAAAGUGUAUGGAAUCCUGUCCGAGAAUGUGUUCUCGUGGCGCACCUCCGGUGUGUGGAUGGUUUCCCUAUACGGAUAGCAAUGGAACAACUGGAGGCCGGGACAUGACCUUCCGAAGUCGCUGCCUGUUGGAUCUUUACGCCUGCCGUCACGCCGAAGCCUAUGUAAAUGAACCUCGCAUUGGACCCUGCGCCUAAUCUAUUAGUAAUAAAAUGAUUGCUGUACAAUA